CCUUACUUGGAGAGGGGGUUGGCUCGGAGCUUCAUGAACCUGAUAUCAUACCACAGCAUUUAUCAAUACUGUUCUUGUUUCUUCGGGCAUACGAGACACCCAGAAUAAGCUAUCUUCGUUUCACAGUUCGAGUUCUGUUUACUUGUGGGCGUCAUUUUCUUCCUAUUUGUCAUGGCGUCAGACUCAUACAUUAUUGUUGGCGCGGGCGUCUUCGGUACCUCGACUGCCUACCACCUUAUCAAUAAACAUCCGCAGGCGCAGGUGACACUUAUCGAUCGGGAUGCAUAUGACGCCCCGGCCCGGGUGGCUGCAUCGUGGGACUGGAAUAAGGUGGUACGUGCCGACUACGUUGACAUCAAGUACUGCGAGCUCGCCCUCGAGGCCAAGGAGGUUUGGGCCAAAGACGCGCUAUGGAAGCCCUUCUACCACGAGAGUGGCGUUUAUUGGAUCUCGCCCACCAACUUUGCCCAGAAAGUGGCAGACAAUUUCAAGAAACUGGGCGCCGAGUUCGAGCUGUACGUUCUACCCGUCGACGAGGCACGAAAACAAUUUGAUGGGUUGUUUAAUGAUGCCGACUAUACCGGCGUCAAGGAGGUGCUCGUUAACAAGAGUAGCGGCUGGGGUGCUGCCAAGGAUGCCCUGCAAAAGGUAACGAAGACAGCUGUUGGACUUGGUGUGCGCUAUGUCGUGGCCGAGGUGACCGCACUCCAGUUUGAUGGUGCUGGUGACUGCACAGGUAUCACUACGGCCAAGGGCGACUCCCUUUUGGCGAGCCAUAUCAUUUUAUCCACGGGUGCCUACACGCCCAUGCUUCUUGCCAACAGCGCACCGGACCGCGAAGACCUACAGGCGGGUGGGCGCAUGAUUGCAACAGGCACGACUGAGGCAACAGCCAGGUUGGAUCCCAGUGAUUUGACAAGAUUCGCCCAGGGGCCUGUUGGUAUCUCGACGUUGCCUCAAGAUCGAGGCGCCAGUAACGGAAGUCUGCCAACCGUUGAUAACUGCAUGAAGUUCUGGGGUCAGACAAUGUACAAGAAUACUCAUCCACAUUCAUCUGGGCGUAACAUUUCCAUGCCGCCAAAAGAUCCCGACUACGCCAUGUGGCAUGUUCCAGAACUCCUCAAAGAAGACGUGCGGCUUGCCAAUACACAGAUAUUUGGCCAUAUGGGGGAAGGUCUAACCUUUGAUCAGUACCGAAUCUGCUGGGAUGCUGUGACACCGAGCGAGGAUUUCAUCAUAUCGCCUCACUCGGCUUGCAACAACUUAUUUGUCGCCACCUGUGGCUCAUUCCACGGCUGGAAGUUCUUUCCCAUACUUGGCAAGUACAUCGUCCAGAUGCUUGAGGGCACAUUGGAUCAAGAGCUGGUCAAGAAGUGGGCUUGGGCCCGGCAUCUGCCUGACACCGAUAACAACGGAGUAUGGCCAAGGAAAGAGUUGGCUGAUCUUAAGUCGACCUAAGUAGUAUCAGGGUUCUCUGGGGCUUCUGCCGUUUGUCAGUUAUCUAUGAUAGUCAACUAAUCGAUUAAAUAUAAUGAAACGAGUAAGACGUCUAUCUUCACUCAAGACUCGGAGGCGGGGUUGGAC